AUGCGGCCCAGCGAGUCCCCCGAGGCCGCCGCGGCGCGCGCCGGCCGAGAGGAGCUCGGCGCCCGCGCCCGCGUUCAUAUCCUCGGCGGGGACGGCGCGCGUGUGGAGGAGCGGGAGUCCGCGUCCAACCCGGGCCUCGCCAAUCGGUACGUGCUCCACGCGGUCGACGACGAGGUGGUCGACGGCCUGCCCGAGGACGGGAGUUCGAGACCGAGGAGACCGGCGAGGACGACGGGGACGUCGACGCCAUCACCGUGA